CUUCAUGGCCGGCCUUUCAGUAGUCGUAAGACCAUCGUGGUGAUAGGAAGUGCGCGACGGUAUGCUCUGCGUGCAACUUAGAUCGUUUCCGGUACGCUAUCAAGAAAUAUCAGACUCGUGUUGGACGACCGCAUGAUCCCCGGUCGGCUUUACGAUAGCCUUUCAUGACCUCGCCACGAGAAUUUCCGAGGCUAGGCUAUUACCACGUGUUCGCGCGUUUUCCACAUCUGGGUCCCUCAAUUGUAAACUUGCUAACGUUUAACCAGCUAACUAGACGAUCGUUUGACGAGACACAACGCGUUAUGGACGCGAUGUGAGUUUAUAAACGAGGGCAAACGUAAAUUGAAACCCGCUGGGAAGUUCACAUUGAGACGAAACGAACGACCAAGUUCACGAUGAUAACGGAUAAUAAAAUAUAACGUAUAAGGAAACUGGAAUAUCGUUGUUUGCUUUGUCGAGUUUUGCGAUAAGUAAAGAAAAGAGAAAUGAAAAAGCAUGCGACAAGAAAGGAACAUUUGCUUAUGAGAACAUUUCGUUUUUCGGACGCUGUCAGCGUGCAUGCAACAGACGUAAAAUACGAGAGAAGGAUCGUGUAACAUGUUCGCUGGUGCGAACGAAUCGAAACGAUGGCUCAGGGAUAAUAGGAUACUCUUGAGAGCUGCCAAGGAUCUAGAGGAACGUCGUAGCCAUUAUGAACCAUCGCUCGGCCCCGGUGUUCCCGAUGACGUCGAUCAUAUCUUCAAUCUCGAGGAAAAUGAUUUCGUGCCACACUUCCAGAGGGUCUCCAUAUCCGGCGAAGAUACUUCCGGGGUACCCUUGGAAGAUCUGCAGCAAGCGUCGCAGAUGUUGGUUCAGGCACUGGCAAUACGUGAAAAAUACAUGAAUAAUUCCAAACAGAGCUUCCCUUCUAUAACAUCGCGAUUUCUACGUAGCGUCGAUAAGAGGCCAGUGAACAGCGACGACGAAGUUCAGCACGAUGACCGUAAAGCCAUCGCAGAUCAUCCUGUGCACGCACCUGCAUCUCGAGGAGAUCCGUGGCAAUGUGAAUUUCCUAUGGCAAAGAAUUACAUAAUUGCUCCCGUUAACGGUGUCUUCAAUGUGUACGCUAAUGAGGAAGAUUUAGCUAAUGGGAAGCCAGUCCCUUACUCGUAUCCUGACUUAGCCACUUUUGUCAGGGACAUGAACCUUCUUUGCGCGAUGAUCGCCGAUGGUCCAUUAAAAUCUUUUUGCUACAGAAGACUGAGUUAUCUUUCGUCAAAGUUCCAACUGCAUGUGUUACUGAACGAGCUUAGAGAACUUGCCAGUCAAAAGGCAGUCCCUCAUAGGGACUUCUAUAACAUCAGAAAGGUUGAUACCCAUAUUCAUGCAGCGUCCUGCAUGAAUCAAAAGCAUCUGCUCAGAUUUAUUAAGAAAACCUUGAAGAAUCACGCGGAUGAAAUCGUCACGUACUCCAAGAACAAAGAAACAAUGACUCUACGGGAGGUAUUUCAAUCGAUGAAUCUGACGACUUACGAUCUCAGUGUCGAUAUGUUGGAUGUGCAUGCGGAUAGAAACACGUUCCAUAGGUUCGACAAAUUCAACGCCAAAUACAAUCCAAUCGGUGAAAGUCGCCUGCGUGAAGUGUUUCUGAAAACGGAUAACUAUUUGAAUGGUAAAUUUUUCGCCAGAAUAAUCAAGGAAGUCGCCAGCGAUCUCGAAGAAUCCAAGUACCAAAAUGCGGAACUACGUCUUUCGAUUUACGGCAAAAGCCCAGAAGAGUGGGACAAAUUAGCAAAAUGGGCAAUUCAAAGCGACGUAUAUUCGGACAAUGUGCGCUGGCUCAUUCAGAUCCCUCGGCUUUAUGACAUUUUUAAAUUGAACAAAUUGCUGACAAAUUUCCAAGAGAUAAUGAACAACAUCUUUCUUCCUCUUUUCGAAGUAACGAAUGACGCUAAUUCUCACCCAGAGCUACAUAAAUUUCUCCAAUACGUAAUAGGAUUUGAUUCGGUUGAUGACGAGAGCAAACCUGAAAAUCCUUUAUUCGAUAAAGAUGUCUGUCCACCCCCAGAAUGGGACGAUGUUGAAAAUCCUCCUUACGGAUAUUAUCAAUACUACACUUAUGCCAACAUGACCGUGUUGAAUCAUUUUAGAGCGGAACAAGGUUUAAACACCUUCGUCCUCAGACCUCAUUGUGGCGAGGCUGGUCCCAUUCAACAUCUUGUUUGCGGUUAUAUGAUGGCAGAAAAUAUCUCUCAUGGUCUUUUACUUCGAAAAGUGCCAGUACUACAAUAUCUAUAUUAUUUAGCACAAAUUGGGAUUGCAAUGUCGCCUCUUAGUAAUAAUUCCCUUUUCUUAAAUUAUCAUCGUAAUCCGUUACCCGAAUAUUUAGCAAGAGGAUUGUGUGUAAGUCUUUCUACGGACGAUCCCCUUCAAUUUCACUUUACCAAGGAACCGUUGAUGGAAGAGUACAGUAUUGCUGCACAAGUAUGGAAGCUUAGUUCGUGCGAUAUGUGCGAACUAGCGCGUAAUUCCGUGCUUAUGAGUGGUUUUCCACACAAGAGUAAACAAUACUGGCUUGGGCCAAAUUAUACAAAGGAGGGUGUGGCUGGUAAUGAUAUUACGCGAACGAAUGUACCGGAUAUUCGGGUAGCCUAUCGAUACGAAACAUUAGUCGACGAAUUGUCGAAUAUUUUUAAAGUUGUCGAAAAACCCGAAGCCGUUCCAUUUUAAUCCAUAGCGAUAGUACAAAAGAUCCUUGAACAUAAUAUAACAAUUAUUCUACAAUUACAAAAUAGUAUUUAUAAAAUUCGACGAAACUGCGAUCAGAAUUAUUUAUAAAAUGAAUCUUGUAACGUAAAUAAUUAUGUGAUGUAUGCUAAUAAUUGUUGUCAACUUUUAAUGAUACUUUCGCAAAAAAUUUUUAUUUUAUCGGUUAUCAGCUAAAUUCCUUACAAAAUCGCGUAUAAACUAUCUUAUUUACACAUCAUUCGAUAACUGUAUAUUACAAUAAUGUUAACCGCAUGAUUUAUACGUGAUGAUUUUCCGUUUAAGAUGUUUUGAUAGAGAAAACAAGGUUAUUCUUAAGAGUAAAUGUAUAAACGCUAAGUUAUAAGAAAACGUCUUUCACUCAGGUUCCAAAAUUUUAAUGUAAAACAGGGAGAAAUUAAUCUCAAAUUUUUCAUAUACGUUGACCAAUUUAAAAAUAGAUAUUAGAUGAAAUUCCAAUUUCAAGUGUUACUAAUCUUAAUUACAUAUAUGUAUGUGAAUUAAAUUAGAAUUGAGUAUUGUAUUAACUUUGUGUAAAAAAAAAAAAAAAAUGUAAAAUAUUACAAAGCAGCAAUUCAUUUCUCAUAUUUUAGUCAUAUAAAAGUAUGUCAUUUCAGACUUUUCAAUUUUAAUGUUAUUUACUUACCUUUUUGUACAUUUAUACAGAAAUUGUGUAUUUGUUUUUAAAAAAUAUGUUUAACUCGAAUAUGGAUAAUUUACUUUGAAGUAAUAUUUCUCUAUAUAAUAUUUAUAUAAUUUUCAUCUUUAUUAAUAUUAAAUUGAAGGCACUAAACGUAGUACCUCUUGUAAAAUAAUUAGAUUUAUAGCAGACAUAAAAUUUAUUUUCGGAUCAUUAUUAUAUAAUCACUUCCUCCUUCGUUUUUGAGACAACUUUGUGAUGAACGAGCUUUUACUGGCAAAUAUAUGAUGAUAUAUCAACAUUCUUAACGAAUCCUAAUAUUGAAUAUAAAUUGUUGCUAAAUAGAAAAGAUGUAUGCAUUGUAUAAGGUAUAUCUUAUAAAACAAAAAUAUACUUGUACCGUCAAAAUAA